AUGCCGCGCUCUUUGGACUUCAAUUUCUCCGAAGCGCACGGGUUAUGCGGGACUUGGGCUAGUGACUACGCCGCAUUGCACAGCCGAAUACGCGCACGCGCCUUAAAAGCGUACCUGACACAGCAACACGCGGAGAAAUCAAGGGGGAACGAAGAUCUAGAGUCUUUUGGGACACCUCUUUUAAAGCGGUAUGGGAUAGAGCAGCAGCCUGCUGAGCUGAUGACGGAUGGACGGCUGGAUCCACCUGUUCGCUUCCUCACAUUCGAGUGGUUGGACGGCUGUGGCGGCUUCGCGGACGUUCUCGCAGGGCUGGUAACCGCAUUAGUCGUGGCUAUACUCGACAAUCGCGCGCUUAUAGUCCGAAACCACUGCCUUCCCAAAGCUUUCGAACCCAGCAUAAUCAACUGGGAGCCCGACCCGUUCGUGCCGUUGGAACCUGCGCGGAACCUCACGUUGGUGGAUUAUGGCUGGGGAAGGACGAUCCCCGAGCGCGCGCGCGACGGGGAGGUGGUGCUGGUGUGGCUGCGGGAUAAGUUCGUGCGGAUCGAGCCGUUUUUUAAGGAGCUGGAAGGCGCGGUGAACGUUCGCAUGACGAGCAACCGCGGCGUGCUGACGUGGCUGCAGACGAGGGCGAAGGGGGAGUGGGCGGAGAGGUUUAAGGCGAUGGGUAUGCGGCUGCCAUACGCGCUCGGAUGCUCGUUGCGGUUCCUCAUGCGAGGUGCAAGCGCUGUUCCACAGCAUAGAGCGGCGCCUGCGGAGGAGGUCGUCGGCGGGGAAGGCAGGGGCGACUUUCCCAAGCCAGAGGUGCAAGCGUUGUUCCACAGCAUAGAGCGGCGCCUGCGGAGGAGGUCGUGGGCGGGGAAGGCAGGCGCGGGGAGGCCCCGGGUGGCAACAGUGGGGAUCCACAUCCGCGUGCGCGACCGGGUGGUGUGGGCGGGCGACAGGGGGGAGCCCAAGGAGCUGAGUGCGAAGCAGGUGGACGUGCUCAUUGCUGGCGCCCGGAAAUGGAUUAUGUGCGCGCAGCGUGUGGAAUCGUACUGGUUCCCGUCGUCCGUUGCGGUGCGAUGGAUGCUCAUCACCAACUCAGCGCAGCUCAAGGCUGCCCUCAAGUCUAGAUUUCCCUACAAGGUGUUAUCACUACCGACUUCAUACCUCGGCAUGCGAAUAGUCUGA